CUUUUACUAUUUCAAGAUUUAUAUUGGACAAUAUAACAAUAAUGGCAACUAAUAUAUCAAAAGCUCAUAAGUUUGAUGAAGAAUUAGAAAGAUUUAAUGUGCAACUUAUUAAACAGAACAUUAGUAGCAAGCAAUUAGCAAAUGAAGAAUUAAAGUUAGAAAUAUCUUCUGUACAAGCAAAAAAAGAACAAUUAGAAUUGCUACUCUCUGAAUAUGUUGAUAAUAAAAAAAAAAAUGAAUGA